AUGCGUUCGUGUGUUGUGAAAUGGUUGUUGCUGCUCUGUCACGGUUUUUUAUCGGUAUCAAGCAUGUCAGAGGUGUGGGUCGAGCUGAGAGCUCCUCGCUUCGUGGUGCACGGCCACAGCGCGCAGGUGCGCUGCGAACAUAACGUAGACCCGGAAACGAUAUACAAGGUGGUUUUCUUCAAGGACAGCCACCGAAUUAUGCAGUAUGUCCGGGGAAGAGACCCGCCUUACGAAUUUUACAAUUUUAUAGGAGCCGAUAUUAAUUUGAUAAAAGUGACACCCACGUCGAUAACGUUGGACAGAAUGGAUUUCAGCGCGGCGGGCACCUACGCCUGCGAAAUUGCGAUGGAAAUCCCUUUGUACUCGAAGCUCUCCAAAAUACACGAAGUGAAUGUUAUAGUUCGCCAGAAACACCGUCCAAAGAUAAAGAUUAAACAUCAGAAAUUGUCACCCAACGGCGACUUAGAAGCCACCUGCCACAGUGCUGCUGCCUACCCCGCCCCAUAUCUCACUUGGCUCAUCAAUAACGUGAAGGUGGACGAAAGGUUGACGAUCCCCCACGGAACCGUAAACGUCCAUCGCCAUCACCACGGGAUGCCGCUGUCGCUCACGAAUUCGUCACUUCGUUUCCCCUUGUCCAGUCUGCAUCUGUAUCCGAACCAGACGGUCGAUAUCACCUUGCCUCAGCACGAUCCCGAGCUACCCGACCGUGGGAGAGGGAUACGCCGACGUUCAAAAUCAAACUAUAACUGUGAACGUCGUCCGGCUCGAGCCGACUCCCACACAACUUCCUGUCAAAAUAAUGAGCACCGAAGGAAAUAA